GUCAGCAAGACGGGGGCCGAAGGUGCUGUGCUGGAUGAAGCCAAGAACAUCAACAAGUCUCUCUCUGCGCUGGGUAACGUCAUCUCUGCCCUGGCAGAGGGUACGAAAACCCACGUACCGUAUCGAGACAGCAAGAUGACCCGAAUUCUCCAGGACUCUCUGGGUGGGAACUGCAGGACCACCAUCGUCAUCUGCUGCUCACCAUCCAGUUUCAAUGAUGCAGAGACCAGAUCCACCCUGAUGUUUGGCCAAAGGGCAAAGACCAUCAGGAAUACUGUGUCCGUGAACCUGGAGCUGACAGCCGAGGAGUGGAAGAAAAAGUAUGAGAAGGAGAAGGAGAAGAACAAGGUUCACAGGGAGACCAUCCGCCGUCUAGAGACUGAGCUCAACCGGUGGCGCAAUGGAGAGAAUGUUCCAGAGAGUGAGCAGCUACCCGAGGAAGAGGAAGGGGAGGAGGAGGACGGGGAAGCAACCCACGAGAUCCCCCCUGUGGUCCCAGACAACUCAUCCAUCGUCAUCCACAUCUCUGACGAGGAGAGGCAGAAGUAUGAGGAGGAGAUUCGCAAACUUUACAAGCACCUGGAUGACAAGGACGAUGACAUUAACCUGCACAGCCAGAUCGUGGAGAAACUGAAAUGCCAGAUGUUGGAUCAGGAUGAGUUGCUGGCCUCCACACGGAGCGACAACGAGAGGUUCCGGGAGGAGCUGAGCCGCCUGCAAAUGGAGAAUGAGAGCGCCAAGGACGAGGUGAAGGAGGUGUUACAGGCCCUGGAGGAGCUGGCAGUAAACUACGAUCAGAAAUCACAGGAAGUCGAGGAGAUGAGCAAACAGAAUCGGCUGCUGACUGACGAGCUGGCCAAGAAAAUGACAACGCUGAUCACACUUGAAGCUGAACUACACCAUGCUCAGGAGCUGGGAAACCACCAGAAGAAAAGAGUUGCUGAAGUGCUCAACACCUUACUCAAAGAUCUCAGUGACUUCAACAAUAUUGUUGGAAAUGGUGACUGGAAAGUGCCGGUGGAGUUGAAUGGUGCUCUGGAAGAGGAGUUCACAGUGGCGCGGCUGUACAUCAGUAAGAUGAAAUCAGAAGUGAAGACCCUGAUGAAGCGAUGUCGACAGCUCGAGGACAUACAGAGUGAGAGUAACCGCAAGAUGGAGGAGAACUGCAGAGAGCUCACCUCCUGCCAGCUCCUCAUCUCCCAG